AUGAACGACGUUGACAUGGAAGUGAGUCAGGCUGAUCUUGUUGUCACCUACGACGACAUGGUACAGAGGUUGGAGAGAGCAGAGAAACAAAUCGAUCUCCAGCGCUUGCAGAUUGCCGUCUUGGAGGCACAGCAGGCCCCCAUCGCCCCCGAGGUUCCUGCCACGGUCCUUCACGAACUCUUCAGCAAGCUCACGUACGAAAUUAAUAUCCUGGCUCUUCUCUUCACUGGUCCUGUCGCCGUCGAUACGACCCAUCCACGCAUGGCGAAUGGACUUAGAAUGCUCGGUGAGCAAUGGAAGGAGUGGAUCAUCGACGAGGCCACUCGCUGCUCCGUAUUCGAGGCCUAUGUUUGGUACGAGGUUGCUCAGUACUUUGGCAGCCAGCAUCGCGAUAUCUGGGCUGGCAAGGUGGGCGGUGCCUUCAAGGACGUUUGCAAGCAGCUCCGCACCACCUUUCUCAAAGACGCCGACAUGCGAACCCUCCAACACUUUGCCCUCUGGCGCGCCCAGGGCGCUCACAUGAUCACCCAGGCCCUUGGCAACGACGCAGCCACCGCCACAACCAGCAUCGACUGGGACAACCUGACUACCGUGGCAAGCGAGCUCUUCGCCGUGCUGAAGACGUACCUGCCCGCCCAAGACGCCGCCAACCCCGACGCCUCCGUCUGCCACGCCGCGACGCUGCACUACCGCCUCCUCAACGUCUUCACCCUGGCCGUGCGCAUCGAUGACGUCCUCCUCGGCAGCAAGAAUCCCAUGUUCCUCGUCUACAGCCGCCCCAAGCGCUUCGACGCCACCACCAUGUGGCCGUCUGCCGAGAAUGCCGAGGUCGCCGACGAGACGCCCGUCAAGUUCCAGAUCAGCCCGAGCAUCAAGAUGAAGGUGCAGCCCGAGGGUGGCGGCGGGGCCGUUGCCAGCGUGUUCAUCACCAAGGCCAAGGUCUGCAUCUAG